AUGACGAUCAGGUCAGCCGAGUUGAAGGCGCAGCAGCCAGAAUCCAAGGUCUCGGCGAAGAAAAGAAAGCGGUUAGACAAGUACAUCGAUACGAAGAUCAAGAAGGAAGAGAAUUUGGAACUGUUAAAGAAGCUAGCCGCUCAAAAAGUCGAUACCAGCUUGUUGCAGAGCUCGAAAAAGCUGGGCCGAACAAACGAGACGAAACGGGAGCGCUUUUCGCGCGCAUUGGCAGAAAAGAAUGCUGGAAUUGAUUUAGAUGGACAGCAGGACGAUAUACUUUAUGAGCGGAGACAAGAGCCAACCAGACACACGCACUCCGCAGGCGAGAGUGAGCAUGAGACACCGCAAAUUCCCUCGAAUGACGCAGUGGAGCAGCUUGCACCGGAGUCAAAGCCAGCCGGCCUGUUUGGAGACGGGCUAUUUGGAGGCGGUCUGAAAAGGCCUCUGGAGAUAAACGACUCAGGCCAACCAGUAAUCAAGAGACGGAAACGUGAGAAGAAGAACAAGAAGGCCAAGCCAGACUUCGUGGUAGCUCUGCCAGAGCCUGAGGAGCCGAGCGAUUCAGAAGCAUCCGACGAGUGGAAUGGCUUCAGUGAGAACGAGAGUGAGGCAGAGGUAGAGCCAAACACAGCGUCCGAAGGCACAUCAGAAGAUGAUGGGAACUCAGAAUCACUAGAAGGCUCUGAAGACACGGACACAGACGACAGCUCCUCAGGGGGCGACGAAGACCCGGAAGGAGACAGCGUUAAGAAACCAGCACGAGUGUCUGCCUUCAAGGCAUGGGCAGAUUCGCAACGCAACGAAGCUGUUGGAUUUACGCCGAGUGCACCUCCCACCAAUGACGAAUCUAUAAGAGCAGCAUUCAAGCCGCGAGCACCUUCUCCAGACCCUGUCGCUUCAGAGACACUGGUGACCAGCCCAGCCGCUGAAGACGCGUACCGACCUUCGAAAGCAGUUGUCAUUCCGCGAGACGAUGCCGUGCAGGAAGCACGAUCACACUUGCCCGUUGUGCAAGACGAACAAAAAAUUGUCGAAGCAGUCCACAAUAAUUCCGUCACAAUAGUGUGUGGUGCAACUGGAUCAGGAAAGACAACGCAGUUACCUCAACUGCUUCUCGAAAAUGGUUAUGCUUCGAAUGGCAUGAUUGGAGUGACCCAACCACGGCGAGUCGCUGCAACAUCAGUAGCGAAGCGCGUGCAAUACGAGUUGGGAGCAGAAUUCGGCAAACAGGUCGGCGCUCAGGUCCGCUUCACGAGCACAGUGAGCAGGGAUACGAAGGUCAAAUUCAUGACUGAUGGCAUUUUGUUGCGCGAGAUCUCUCAAGACUUUGCGCUUUCGAAGUACAGUGCCAUAGUUCUCGACGAAGCGCAUGAGCGGAGUGUCAACACAGAUAUCCUCAUCGGCAUGCUCUCUCGUAUUGUCCCGCUUCGACUCAAGCUCAGUAAAGAGGACCCUGUUAAAUAUCAUCCUUUGAAGCUAAUAAUCAUGAGUGCGACACUCCGGGUGACCGAUUUCCUGAUGAACGAACGUCUAUUUCGCAGGACGAAGCCUCCAAUAGUGCAAGCCGAAGGCCGCCAGUACCCGGUGACCGAGCACUUCGCACGGCGUACUCAGCGUGACUAUGUCGCAGAGAUGGUGCGCAAAGUGAGUCGAGGCCACAAAAAACUCCCGCCUGGUGACAUGCUAGUGUUCUUGACUGGCCAGGACGACAUACAAACUGUGGCAAGGAGGUUGAGAGAAGCUUUCACAGGAGAUCAGGAAGGCUUCCAAAACUCGAAUCGCAGGGCACGACCUGAAAAGCCUGUCAACGACUAUCUCGAGGCGAAUGAGGAUGACGAGGCGUCUGAGGACGAAGCCGAGAUCACUGGCUUAGAUGAGGACGAAGGAGACGCAGAAUUCGCUGUCGAAGUCGACCCAGCUUUGUCUGGAUCGCAGCCGCGCGGCGCCCUCAAGGCACAGAUACUUCCUCUGUACGCAGCAUUACCAGCGACUCAGCAGGACCUGGUGUUCCAAAAGACAGCAGAUGGAGUUCGGAAGAUCAUCUUGGCGACCAAUGUCGCUGAGACUUCCUUGACCAUCGAUGGUGUACGAUAUGUCUUUGACUGUGGACGCAGCAAAGAGAAGGUCUAUGAUGUCGAGACUGGUGUCCAAGAGUUCAAAGUGGACUGGAUCUCGAAAGCCAGUGCUUCACAGCGAAUGGGACGUGCUGGCCGAACUGGACCUGGGCACUGCUACAGGCUGUACAGCUCCGCCAUCUAUGAAGCUCACUUUGAAGAGCACACUCUACCAGAGAUUUUGAGAACGCCGAUCGAAGGGACAGUGCUGCAGCUCAAGAACAUGAGCAUUGACAAUGUAGUCAAUUUUCCGUAUCCAACACCGCCGGAAGGCAAACAGCUAAGUCAAGCAGAGAGACUGCUCAAGAAUCUCGGCGCGAUCGAUAACAGGACCGGGAAGGUCACUGAUAUCGGCAAACAACUGAUCAACUACCCUGUAAAUCCUAGAUUUGGACGCAUGCUCUUGCUUGGCAAGCAGAACAAUGUGCUGAUAUACACUAUUGCCCUGGUUGCGGGCUUAGCAGUGGGCGAUUUGUUCAUCCCACAGCCCCACUUACCGCAGGAAGAGCUCGAAGAUGAAGACAGCGACCACAGCGGCCGGAGGAAAGCCGGCUCUUUUGCGGACACACAAGCUGAGAAGCGACGACAAGCCUACGGCCGCGCCAUGGCCAACCUCGCCUCUCAAGACGACAAGUCGGACGCGAUCAAAGUUCUCACAGCAGUCGCCGCCCAUGCACAAGCAGAAGCGCAGGGCAGUGCGAGCUCAUUUUGCGCGGAAAACUUCCUUCGAGAAAAAGCCAUGGCAGAGGCCCAGCAACUCCGUCGUCAGCUCCACAAUAUCAUGCAGAAGCACGUCGACGACCCGUCAACCGUGGCCUUCACACCGACACUGUCUCCGCCCAGCGAUCGUGUAAAGAGCAUCCUAAAACAGAUCGUCGCCGCUGGAUAUAUCGACCAAGUCGCUAUUCGCCGCGAUCUGCUUCCCAAUGCUGUUUCCACUGGACGCAAGCCGCGCCGAGCCAUCGAAGUUCCUUACAAAACUCUGUUAUCUUCGAACCUCGAGAUCGAUGAUUCGGUCAGUCUUCAAGAUCAGGAGCUACAGAAAAGCGUUUUCGUACAUUCUUCUAGUGUACUUGCACGCCUCUCACUAAGCGAGAUGCCGUCAUUUGUCGUCUACUCGACCCUCAGUCGCGCGACGUCCAACCAUAUUGGGGAAGCGCAGAAGCGGACGCGUAUGCAUCCGCUUUGCACGGUCAGUCAGAAGCAGCUUGCUGUACUGGCUGAAGGCUCGCCAUUACUCGAAAUUGGCAAACCGAUUGGCAAGAUUGAAGAGAUUGGCACUGGUAAGAGACAGUGCUGGGUUGGCGUCGCUAUCCGUGAUCCUGCCGCCGUGGGAGCCAUGGGUUGGCCUUUAGGGGCUUGGAAGGUCAUCCAGACACGGAAGGGCAAGGAAUGGGUCGUUGAGAAAGUGCUGGAUCGUGGGAAGUGA